AUGGUCGAGAAGAAGUCACGGCUUCUUGUCGGAGGCUAUGAGGAUAUGUUGCCUCUAGGUCAUGGACUACCCUUCAACAUGGGAGAAGUGGUUGCGCCUCAGCCAGCUGGCGUUGCUCCCCAAAUCAUUCCAGUUCCUAUUCAAAUGCCGGCGCCGGCCCAUCCGCCAGGGAAAAGCAUGAACAAACAUCUCGCUGAUAUGCCCAGGGACGACAUUAAACCCAAGUAUCAGCGAAGGGAAAACGUUAUUACGACUGACGUCUCUUGGGUGUGUCCAGAAGGGUUUUCAAUGACCGGAGACGAAUGCGUCAAGUACGAUCAGAAACCGACGAAACUCGGGUGUCGUGAGGGAUGGACUUUUGCGGACAACAGCUGCAAAGGAGCAAAUGUUUUGCCGCCAACCCUUGAUUGUGAUCCGGGGUUUGAGGACAUCAAUGGCCAAUGCAUUCGCAUCAUCGUCGCUCCGAAACAGAUUCUGUGUCCCGUCGGUUACGUUCUCCAUGAAGACCACUGCAUCCAAGAAACAACUACCAAACCCGACUUCGUCUGUCCUGAAGGAACAGUAUUUUCGGGAAACGAGUGCGUACGCCCCACGAGUUUCGAGCCCACAGCUGCGUGCCCGCCUGGUUUCGAGUUGUACAAGAACCAUUGUCGCCGCGAGAUUCUGAAACCGAGCACAAGCAAAUGCCCUCCAGGAAUGACUCCAGCAGGACAAAACUCGUGUGUGCACCAGCAGGUGACGGAAGCUAAGGUCAAUUGUCCCGCCGGAUUCCAAAUGGUCCAAGGCGUCUGCAUCAAUCACCAAGCUGUCGGCCCCAGCCUAACUUGUCUCGAAGGUGUUCUGGAGCAUCGAAAGUGUGUCGUAUGGCGCGAGGAACACCCGCAAAUGGUCUGUCCUCAAGGUGCCACUUUUCACCAGAAUCAAUGCAUUAUUGAACACACAGUUGAGACGAUUUUGCAAUGCCCGCCGAACUCCGCCUUUGACUCCAGGAAACAGAUGUGCGUAGGACCUCACCAAAAAUCGCCUCCUAUGCGAGGCUGUCCUCCAGGCUAUGCGCAGGACUACGGGAAAGGAUCUACUUGCAAGCACAUUAAAACGUCUUCUCCUGAACCAGUCUGCCCACCAGGGAUGACGUUUGAUCAGGUGAAGAAUAUCUGCAAAGGCGUCAACGAAUUCGAACCCCAGGUUUCCUGCCCCCCUGGAUCGCAGCUGAGUGGCGACCAAUGUUUCUUCACGGACCAGACACAGCCGCAUGCUCACUGCCCUCCGGGUUUCAUCUACAACGAGAAAGAUCGUUUAUGUCAGCAAACGACUGAGCAAUCACCUCUACAAGAAUGCCCACCAGGCUUCACAUUCAACUUGGAUGGCACAUGCAAACGAGCAGAGUCUGUUCAACAAGAUUUGGCGUGUCCUCCCGGUUCCGUGCUUCAGCAGCAAGGCAAAUCAGCGAAAUGCGUCGGUGAACAACGUAUGAACCCUCAACAAGUGUGCCCACCUGCAUUUGAGGCGCAUGUCAAUCCAGACGGUACAAUGACCUGCAUCGGCAAGAACGCAGCAGCGCCGAAGCUCUCUUGUCCACCUGGAUUUGUUGACCAAGGUUUUCAGUGUGAUAAACAGGAAGUGGGGCCACUUCGGUCCUCUUGCCCUGUCGGUUUCGUCCUCAUGGACCAUCAAUGUGUUCACGCCGUGGAGGAGGCUCCAGUCGUGAUGUGUCCGAUUGGCUACAAGCUCUAUCGAGGCGUCUGUGUCAAGCAAAUGAAGACCAACCCCACACCAAACUGCCCGCCCGGGUUCAAGUAUGAUGCACUCACUGGCAAGUGCUACAAGACGGAGGUGAAAUACGACUUUGAAAACGCUCUCCCCCUGGAAGAGCAGCCUAGAAAACCGAAGGACGAAGCCCUGCUCCCACUCGAAGAAACCACGACAACGACUCGUGCGCCCGCGCCCGCGCCAAUCGCACAACCUAUGCAGCCGGUGGCCCCAGUUAUGCAGGCGGCCGCGCCGAUGAUGCCGCCCCAGCCUACAACAGUCCAGAUUAUUUCUCAGCCAGUGCCCAUCCCUUCUCCGGUUGUGUAUUUGCCUCAGCAAGCACCUCCUCCUAUGCCCAUGCCUCCACCGCCACCUCCUCCGAUGCCAGUGCCGGUGUUCGUCCCGGCUCCUCCGCCUCCUCCACCAGCCAAAAAAGUGCAGCACGUUCCAGUCGCGCACCACCAGACGGUUUUGGCUGUGGAAGAAAAGAAGAAAAAAAAGUGGUUCUGA